CCAUCAUACCAGUGCGACAGAGUGCGACCAGCGCCGGUACGUCAGUAGUAUGCGGUUGAGGUUGUACGUGAGUCAUUUAAACGGUACAUCCUGAGGUGGUUAGAUAGUAGUUCGUUCUUUAACAAAAUUAUUUCAUGGUUCUUCCUAAACGUUUAACAAAGUGUGUCAAACGGAGUUAAUCAAUAGUAAAUAGAAGAAAUUGUUUUAUUCCUCGGCACGCUUGAAAAUUGUUGGUCAAAAUGGCGGAAAAGAAUGACUUGCCGGGUUCCACCUCAACUUCGACCGGACAAGAAAUUCAACAACUAAUUUUAGGUUUUAUUGGAGAAAUCAUAAAGAGCCCGUUAAAUCUCAUUCUAGUAGGCGUGAUCGCCAUUUUGGUGUACAAAAUUGUUAAAAGAAAAACUGUCGAAGAGAGUACUGUAAAGAGAUUGCCGAAGUUGCGACGUGACUUUACGGUGCAAGAAUUGAAAGAGUACGAUGGCACAGGAUCAGAUGGACGAAUAUUGCUUGCUGUCAACGGCAACGUUUACGACUGUACUCGUGGCGCCAGAUUUUAUGGUCCUGGUGGUCCUUAUGCAGCAUUUGGUGGACGGGAUGCUAGCAGAGGUUUAGCAACAUUUUCAUUAGAAGCACCAAAAGAUGAAUACGAUGAUUUAAGUGAUUUAAACACUACAGAAAUGAAUUCUGUGAAAGAAUGGGACGAACAAUUUAAAGAGAAGUAUGAUUAUGUGGGAAAAUUGUUGAAACCUGGUGAAGCACCUACCAAUUAUUCGGAUGAAGAGGAUGAGGGUAGUCAGCAAGAGACUGAAUCAAAAUCUGAACAGCACGAAAGUGAAGCAAAGUCUGAUCAAGCAACCAAAACAAAAUCUAAGAAUGAUUGACCAUUUGAUUGUGCUUCAAAUGUCAAACAAUUUCAAAAGGAUAUUACGCGCACACCAUUACUAAAGAAACUUAAAAUCGUGACUCAUGGAUAUAUUUCUGAACAUUCUACUGGAUAUUUUGCUACGUAAUAAUGAUAUUAAAAUAAAAAGUAAAGUGGUACCUUUUAAUCAAGUUAGAAGUAUGUAAAUGUUCAAAACUGGUGUUAUAUGCAAAGACUUCUUUAAAUAUCCGAUUUUCCAAACAAUAAGGAUACUUGUAUGGUAUAAGUUUUUAUAUAUGUACAAAAGAUUUCUUAAUGCCCUUGAAAACUGGCACUAGGCUUAAGACAUAACUUUUGAGCUAUAUUCCAUUAUUAAAGAUCUUCGUUUAUACUGUCACUCAUGUUUUGCUACAUAACAUCGAGUACAUACAAUAUACGUGUAUUGGUAUCUGUAAAUUUGGAUAGAAUGGUGUUAUGUUUUACAUGCAUUUGAAAUUAAUGCAGCACUCUGCAUUAUUAUACUUCAAUUUAUAUUUUCUUAUGUUCUAUAUUUUAGGAAAUUCCAUUAAAAACCUAUAUUUACUGAAAUCGUUAAAUAAAGACAUAGAUUAAGCACGAAUGUCCCAAUACCGAAAAUAGUCUGUUUUUUUAUACAAAACUAAAUUAAAAUUCAAUCUGAAAGUUUAUAAAUAGUGACAAACAUUUACUAGUCCUUUUUAUAUGAAUAGAAAUGGUGGUAUAUUCUGUAAAAUUUCUUGUACAUUUUAAUGUGCUCGUGUAAAUUGUUAUUGUUUAAAAAUGAAGAUUUCUUAAUAAUUUCUGAUAUUUGUAGCGGUGUUGGUAACGCUACAAAUCAUUUAUUACCAUGUGAUUAUUUAUGAAAAUUUUUGUUAAUUUGUAGGGAGUAACAGAGCUUGUAUUUCUUUAAAUACUUGUAAACAUAUGUUACAUAAUUUUAAUAUGUAUGUAUUCUCUAAAUACCAUAAUUUGUGCAAUUAAUUCUAUUUUAAUAAUUUAACCACAAAUGAUUUCUGUAAUAAACUGGUAUUUGUAGUUCAUGUCCAUUUGGAUUAACUUGUUAAUCUGAUUUUUUUUAUAAAAUGUCUUUUUUAAACUGUGUUAUUAGAGAAAAUAACAUUAAUGAAUUGUAUAAUAAAAACUGUUUUCAUUCAUUUCAGAGUUACGAAUUUGCGGUUAGUUUAUCGUAACAGCAUGAAAACAUUUUCAGUUUAAAAUAAUCAAAUUGAUUCUGUAUCAUUCCUAUUAAAAAGAAAUAUUUAUAAGCUAUUUUAUAAUUAUUUCAAAUGAUUAAUAUUUCGUAUUUAUCUUGCAUUUCUUUUUUAUAAUAUUUAUGAUUCACUCAAUCUCUUUCACCAACAUGAUCAAUGUAUAAGAAGGGACCGAGUUCUUUGCAAGCAUUCAUAUUGUCUAUUUUAUUAAUUUUCACUCGAAGUAAUGGAGUAAAUGAUAUUUUUAUAUAUUUAUUACACUGAUUUUAUGGAAAAUGCUGCUCAGAUUAAACUAAAGCUAAGAUCAAAUACUUGACCAAACAUGAAAAAUUUUCAUAUAGUUUCAAGAUAUUUCACAUUUAUAUCAUAUGAGGAAUAUUACUUUGUUAAGGCAUAUUGUUGUAUUUUCUUUGUUAAAUGAAAUGUUCCAAAUUUUACAUAAUUGUGCGUUAAUUCUUACAGAUGUCGAUUAGUACCAAUCUUGUGUAAGAUUAUUUGUAAAAAGCAUUAUGUAUUGUUAUUCAAUUGUACUUUCUGUUAUUACACAAGAGCGAGUGGACAGUUUGUAAGGUGGAGGUUUCGGGUACUCUAUUAUUAGAUGUUAUGAUACCAAAAGUUAAUAGUAAAUUUUGUUUAUAUUAAAAUGUCGUUUCUUUCAAACAA